GGACAGCUGCAGAUUGACUCUAGGGCAUCGUUGCAGCCCUCACGGCCUUUCCGAGACAUGGCGCUGAUCCGUUGAUGGCAGCCUAGUCUGACCUGGAUUAUAUUUGCAUCUUCUACUUUGUAUCUCAUAACAUCCUACACAUUCUCAGAUAGUCUGUACAAUGUUAUGCACCGACAUGAAUCCUGAUCCUCCAUCCAAGUCUUGCAAGCAGCAACCCAAGCAGGACCCCAAGCGGAAAUCUAAGCCGAAUUCCAAGGUCUUGCUGGCCGACACCAUCGGCCAAGCGCUGUACGAGCGUCUCCAAGCUCGUCUGGACGGUCCGGUUUCCAUCCACCACCCCCUCGCUCCAUGGCCCUCUGUCCACUCCAGCAGCAGCAUCCACAGCACCAGCACCAGAACCCUCUCCCCAGCCACCUCCACCUCCGACAUCAAAAGCAUCGUGUCCAGCCGCACCAGCCAUGACUCCAUGCCGAAGCCCCCGCUGCCACCCCCUCUCCCGAACCGCAUCAUCACGCUCGCCGGGCCCAACACCUCCCUCGAAGCCCUCUCCACCAUCACCCGUCUCGCUGCUCAACACAGUCAAGUCUCGCAUAUGGGCCUGCUCGACCCCAGCUACUCCAUCUUCCUCCACACCACCCACACCGCCGCUCUCUGCUUCAAAAUCCUCCACAAGACGGCCAUCAUCUCCGGCGACCCCAUCAGCCAUCCAUCUGACAUCAGCGCCCUGCUCUCCGAAUUCCACACCUACCGCAAAGCCCACCAUCUCGGCAUCGCCUUUCUCGGCGCCAGCCCUAUCCUCACCCACUACGCCGAUGCCACCGUCCAACCCUGGACUCUCCUGCACUUUGGCAAAGAACGUGUCCUGAACCCCACCACCAAUCCCAUCCUCCACGAAACCACCGGAAAACGCAUCCUCCUCCAAACCAAACAACUCCUCCAUCCUACCAAAGGCAACCUCACCCUAGACAUCUAUAUCCCCACCACCCCCAAGAAAGACCUUGACAUCACCCUCGAAACCUCCCUCCAAUCCAUCUACAACACCUGGCGCACCACCCGCAACGCCUCCACCACCCCACAGGCCUUCAUCACCUCCUACAACCUCUUCCCCACCACCCCCCUCAUGACCUACAUCUACGCGCGCGCCCCCACCGGUGAACCCAUCGCCUUCGCAGCCCUGCGCUACCUCGGCGCCAAAACCGGCUACCACAUCGACCCGUGCAUCGCGGCCCCCACCGCCCCAAAAGGCACCACGGACCUCCUCCUCUUCGCCGCCAUGGCACUAUGCAAAACCGCAGGGGUAUCCUACCUCAGUAUCGGAUACGAGCCAUUCGAAGAACUCGGCGAGGUGAGCGGAUUACCAAGUGCAUUGGAACACGUCACGAGAAAGAUGUAUCGGUUUGCGUUCGGUCGGUUACCCUUGGCAGGGAAGAAGGCGUAUCAUGACAAGUGGCGGCCGGAGGAGGAGUUGGAGGAGCCGUUGUAUUUGGUGUUUCCGGGGGGUGGGGUGCCGGAGAUUAGGGCCGUCGUGGCGGUGAUGCAUGUUGCGAAUGUGAGGAUUCGGAGGGUGGUGUGGGGGUGAUGGUAGAGGGGUAGUGAUUUUAGUGAUAGUGGAUCUUUAGUUAUUGUCGUUUGUGGUUAUUGCAUAUCGGGUUGGAAUGUAUUAUAUAUUAGGUUGGGGUUAUAAUUAUUGAGAGGAAUAUGUUGCAUGAGAAUCCAGAUAGUAGUUAAUGUUGACGUUGAUGAUAGAUGGUAAACAAAAGCUUGAAUUCCCACUGUCCAACCUAUCCUCGAUUUGCUUACCGCAGCCACUAACUAUCUAGCGGUUAACAUCUUUUCCCCGUCCUCGAAGGAAUCCUCAU